CCGAUUCUAUUCAUACAUGGGAAAUAUUUAUGUAUUUCUGUCUCUUUCGUACAUAUUGAGAAAUAAUUAAAUGAAUGGUGAACGAGUGAAAUAGGAAUAUAUUCGAGUGGAAAUUAUUAUGGGCCAGGCCAGUCGCUAUGUAGAAUUUUUUGGUGUGGGUGUUUUGUCUCGCGAUGUCAAACGCUUCAAUGAUUAUUAUUUUCAAGUGGAUAUAAAAAUUAGUGCAAAACGUUGUUAAACUAUAUAAUGUGUGUCGUAUUAUAGUAUUCGUGAACAUAUUUCUUUGUAAAGUGAACAAUCGAGUGCAGUGAAGGCAGAUAAUAAUUUGGUGGGGGGGCUGUUAAAAUACUACGAUAGGAUAGUAACAACGUUUUACUACUCAAGAGGUGUUCAGAGCGCUCAUAAAAUUUCUCAUCUCGUUGCGAGCGCGAUCCGGACUUCCAUUUUGUUUUAUUAUGUGGUUUGGUUGUUUACGCUGUGCAUCGUGUUCUUAACAAUGGAAAGCGACGGCGCAAUGAGUGACCCGUGCUAGCGGUGAUGCAGCGCGCUCCAGCGAGCGGCGCCGCGCAGCCGCAGUCGGCCCCGCGACACUACCGCUCGCACUCGCACCACUACCCGGAUAUCGAUGAUCAGAUCCCGGCGUCAGUAAUCAGUAGUGUGGGAACGGUCAGUUUAUCUCAAUCGACGACCAAUCCGACGCCGAACAUUACAAUGGCUAAUCCAACUAAUCCAACCAACACGAACAACAACCAAACACCCGCACAACAGACGCCCACGCAGGCGCCCAUCAGAACCUUGCCCAAGAAAAGGAAAAUAGACCCUUCGGAACUAGAGGAGAUUGAACGGAAUUGCAUGAACCAUAUUCCUGAAAGGAAUCAUGUUCCCGUAUCAGCGCCGCCUCCCGUCGAAUACACGCCAUCGACGUACCCAUCCAUACUCCAACCAUCACCAAUAGUUCACCGCUCGUCACCCCACGAGUUGAAAUCAACAGAAUACAUUCACUACCCCAACAUUGAUCUGUCGGAGUGGAGAGAUCACAGAGUGCUAGCGAAGCAGCGCGGUAUCUACACCCCGGGAGUGAUACGUCAAGCGGAAGGUUGCAAAGUGAUCGUCGAGUUGGACGGACAGGAGAAUGAGCCCGUGGAGUACAGUGAUAUAUUCGGUGCGAACAAGUACGACGUGAUUAGUGACGCUAGCCCCCAGUUGAGCCAUUUGUCUAUUGGCUCCGCGUGUGUUGUGAGAACCGAUUCGAGCCGGGAAAGUGUGCAAAAUGUGUUUGUGGAAGGGUUUGUGUUCGAAGUGCAUAACUCGCCGAUUAGGAUCCGUGUGAGGGUGAUAGAAGGCGAGAACAUGUCAAAGGACACGGUGGAAGUGAAGCGAGCGGACAUCCGGCUGCUGCAGCCGCCGUGGGCGGACGAGCUGGAGGACGCGGGCUCGCACGCCGCGUCCGCUAUGAUGCCGCAGCAUAUGCGCGUGCACCCGAUCGCCACUGUGCCGUACUCGAUGGGCGAGCACUUUGUGACGUCAUCGCCCAUGGCCGGCGCGGGCCAGGUGGUGACCGUCGGCGCUCUGUCCAACGGCUCUCGGCCUUUCGACGACUACGGCGAGAGCGAUGAUGACCUGCCGAGGGAGGACAUCAUGUUCCCCACGGAUGCGUCGCAUAUGGAUUGCAGCAACAGUAAACGCAGUAGUCUACAGAGCAGAGGCAGCACUUCAAGUCUCAUCGAGGGGAGCCUCACCCCACGGUCUCAACCGCCUACACCUAGAUCUCAAGCGGCGACGCCGCACAAGUACAAGAAGGGCGACGUGGUGUCGACGCCGACGGGCAUUCGCAAGAAGUUCAACGGCAAGCAGUGGCGGCGGCUCUGCUCGAAGGACGGCUGCACCAAGGAGAGCCAGCGGCGCGGCUUCUGCUCGCGCCACCUGUCGCUGCGCGGCGUCGCGCGCUCCGCCAACACGCCGCUUGCGCAGCCCGCCGCGCACACGCCGCACCAGAGCCCGGAGUACGAAGAGGAGGAGUCCGCGGUCCCGCAAACUGACGGUCACCGGCCUGAGGCCGAGGAGGCCAAGCGCUUAGUGAAGCCGGCGCCGAUACAAGCUCGCUUCGUGUCUCUGCUCGACGCGGAGGCGAAGGAUUCGGUGAAACGCUUCUACGUGAUACCGCAGAACUCGAUCGAGAAGAAGAUUGUGCUCAUCAAGAACGAGCCGCCAGAUUCUGUGCAAAUAGAUCACAAAGCGCAUCAGCUAACAACGCACAUAAACAACGACACGGAUACGGAACAACGGAAUUUAGAUAAUGGCGAUCAUGUAAAUAAUGUGAAUAGUAGUGCAGUAAUAGUACACCCCAGUCAACUGUUGCCCGUCCUGCCUCCCCCCACAUCGCACACUGCUAUAAUUGUAUCAACGAGCGGCGUGAACGGCGCAGUGUUCCCGUGGCAGUCGCUCGUGCCGUGGCUGCGCGCCAGCUCGCCGCCGCCCGCCGCGCCCGCGCAGCCGCCCUCCCCGCGCACGCCGCGCACGCCGCACACGCCGCACACGCCGCAUACGCCGCACACGCCGCACACGCCGCACAUCAAGAGCGAGGAGCAGAUCAAGACUGAGAGUAACGAUACGGUAACAUCAAUGUGCACGGACGACGACGAUGAAGUGUUCGAGUGCGAAGAUUCUGGAACAAACGGUGGAGAUAAUAGCAACAGUCGGCGCUCGCAGAGCCUGUCCUCGCUCAACCAGCCGGGGGGACAGGAUAAGAAGGAGCGCCGCAUCCGGCGGCCGAUGAACGCGUUCAUGAUAUUCUCGAAGCGGCACCGGCAGAUGGUGCACCAGCUGCACCCCAACCAGGACAACCGCACCGUCAGCAAGAUACUCGGCGAGUGGUGGUACUCGCUCAAGCCGGACGAGAAGCAGAAGUACAACGAGUUGGCCAGCGAGGUAAAAGAGGCUCACUUCAAAGCGCACCCCGAAUGGAAGUGGUGCAACAAAGACAGGCGCAAGUCGUCCAGCAGCAGAGACCCAACCGGAUCCAUGCCCCAGAGCCCCCGAACCCCGUCGGACGUGAUGAACAGCGGGUUGACGCUGAGCGGUGCUGAGAUGAUGAACGCGAACACGUACAGCCACGUGGCGUCGCCGCAGCUCAGCGAUGAUGAACCGAUGAUAACACAAACUACGGAGGAGCCGCCUCCACCACAGACAACGAACGAGAUUGACCUCAAGUGCCCGGAAAAAGUAAACGAUUCAGAUUCAGAAGGUGUCGAGACUAGAGAGUAUAUAACGCACCACGACCAUACUCGACGGCCGAAGGCUAUUAAAGCUAGGGCUGGAUCGUCCGACAACUUGCUUGGAAUAACGGCUUCGAGUCCCGGCGGCUCCAAGGUGUUCCAGCCAACUGGAGGCGCGUUUAAAUCUACGCACGCUGAUACUGGCGACAGCCACCGGCAGUGGACGGCGUUCACCGCGGUGAAGGCGAGCGCGGCGGGCCCGGCGCCCGCCCCCGCCCCCGCGCAGCCCAUGUCCACGCAGGCGGCGCUGGACAGCGCCAUCGCGAGCAUCAUUAGUCCGGCGGCGAGCAGCGGUGUGCAGGUGAUAUCGAGCGGCGUGUCGGCGCAGGCGGCCGCCCCCGCCCCCGCCCCCCCCAGCGCGCUCAGCAACGCCCUGCUCAAGAGCGUGACGUUGGUCAACCGGAACAUCGGCGAUAGCAAACCUACCGGUCCGAUAACGCUGUCAGUGGACGCGUCAGGCAAUCUGUUCAUCAAGGCGAGCCAACCGCCGGAACCGCCGACCGACGCCGCGCCGCACGCCAACCAGCUGCACUAUGUUCUGCAGCGGCUUUACGUGCCUUCCUUUACUGAAGUGGAAACAAACAAGACUCCCACGCAGACGGUCCAAAGCGCCCCCCCAACUGUGAUAGUGUCGCAGAGUAACAACAGUCUCAACAGUAACAACAGUGCACCAAUCAGCAAACCUAAUACUGAGUGGGAUGGAGUGGAAGAGACUCGUCCGUUCCCCCUCGCACCGACUCCUGCGCAGUUGGGACGGGCGCCGCUGCAAAAGAGACUUAGUAGAGGAGCGUCCACAGGUUCAGUGGGCAGCGACCAAAGCGUGCCUCGCUCGGAAAGCAACCCGGUACCACACUUUGACACGCCGGAGUCGUUGCAAUCGCCCAAGAAAAUUGAGAACCUGCCCAGUCCUUCUUUGAAGAAGAGUUUGUUUAAAAAGGGCAACGAGGACGGAAGGGAUAAAGUGCUGGAGACGGUGAACUUCGAGGCGAAGUUCAGCACGCUGCCGCAGUUCAAGCCGGAGGCGGCCAGCCCCAGCGGCAUGGUGGUGCCGCGCAGCCCGCAGCUCUACUUGCGGAAGAAACACGCCAAGAUCGAGGACGAAACAACAUCCGUGACGCCGCAAAUCGAGGCGGAAGUGAUGAACGGCAACGGCAUCCCCACCCCGCACUCGUACGGCGCCACGCCGCACACCACCACCAAGCUGGUGGGCAACACGUUCUUCGGGCCUGACUUCAAUAUCGACACCUUCAGAGUGUCGGAGAGCAUGGAGGAGAUGUCGCCGCGCACGCCGGGGUCGGGCGCGUGCGGCGCGGCGGGCGCGGGCGGCGCGGGCGCGCGCGGCGAGGCCGGCCACCGCCGCGUGCUCGAGCAGCGCCGCCACCUCGUGCUCAAGCUGUUCCAGGACCACGGCAUGUUCCCCACCACGCAGGCCACCACCAGCUUCCAGGCGGCUCACACGGACAUAUUCCCCACUAAGAUGUCACUGCAGCUGAAGAUACGCGAAGUGCGACAGAAGCUGAUGGCGCAGUCCAAUCUCACGCCGCAUUCCGAAGUCAACACGCCUACUAACAUAAACUCGCCGUUAGUAUCGGCCGCGUUGCAGCCGACCUCCACGGCCAGUUAGCGAUGCGGCUACACCCUCUCCAUUGUAGUGCAGCAAUGAAUCAACGUUAUACGAUGUACAUUGCUCCCCAUCUACGUAAGAGGAUUCGAAUUGUGGAACAUGCUUGUGUUGAAGCAGCAGUGUAGGUGGAACAGUCGGAAGGAACGCGGUUGCUAUGAUAACGGAUAUUCGAUUGGUUGAGGGCUUUUUGACAGCCUGUUUAAAAGAUCCAUCUUCUUGUUAUGCUCUUAUUUUGAGGAGGAUCGUUUUAAAUAUAAAAAUACAUCUGAAUAGCUAAUUGAUUUUGUUCACAAUUCGUACUGCAAUGGGUGGAGUGAAACUCAUAUGAUUUACUUUUUCAGUCUUAAUCUAUCGAAAUUCGUAGCAUGCCUUAGUUGCAUUCAAUACGCGAUGUGGCAAUUGGUUAUAUUAUAAUUAGUAAUAACCAAAAACUUAUUAGGUAUAAGGAAAAAUACAAAAAAUAAAUAAAAAAUGUUAUGUGCGUGAGUGUUAUGGGACGCGGGUGUAACUAAUUAUGAUAAAAUAUUGUUUAUUCACAGUUUUAAUAUAUGCACUUAUGUAUCCCAAUAGUAGAAUUCUUACGACUCUGUAGACAAAUUCUUUUUUCAAAAUAACGCUUGUAAAUGAAGCUUGUGUCGUGCUGUCUCGCUCUAACCUAAACGUUCUAAUAGGCGAGGAGGAGACGGCACGAUGUUACGAUUCUUAUUGUUACUGUGUUCAUCAAAACGGUUCGAAAUUUAAAAUUAAGAUUAGAAAUAGUGUCAUAAGAUCGGUUAUCGGUAUGGUUAAAUUUACGCUACGGAAAUUCUAUUUUUCAUACAGCCUAUCCAUUAAUUCCAUGGUUGAAUAUCAUAUUUAGUUAUCAUAUACUCAAACGUGCACGAUCUCAAUGUUUAUUUGUAUUUUGUUGGAUAUAUUAUUAUGUAGGAUAUUAUAUUUGUAUAAUCGAAUGUAUGUAUUGUAUUACAUACUCAUUAACGUUAAGUUCAGUUAAGGGAAAGUGGGGAUCGAUCAAUACGGGGUUGAUAAUUAAGUCACCAAUUGAAGGGUGAAUACAUUUUUUUAUUAACGCUUUUUUUAAGGGCCUAGUUUAUUCAAUAAAAAAAUUAAAAUAAAUUAAUUAAACUCUUUGUUAUGAUAAGGUUACUUUUUAAAACUGUUUUAAAUAUGAUUGGUGAAACAUUCUAAUUUUGAAAAUCAAAGCCCCACAUUGGUAGAUAACCUGGCGUUUGGCUCUAUAUCAAAAUUAAUGGUGUCUAUUUGCAUUUAGAGUACCAAAUGUUGAUGCAAUACGGACUGUGUAUAUCGGCUCCUCUGUAUAAUUAAUACAUAAGUAUUGAUAGCGAUAUUAUUGGUAGCAUGACGGAUUUUUUAUUGGUUCCUUGGUUUCGUUUUAAAUUUAUAUAGAUCCACUGGUUUUAUAGUUAAAUUCGCUGCAAGCUGAUCGUAACGCUAUCAAUAGGGGCCAUUUUUGGUGCAAAAAUUAAUCGUUUAGGUCUUUAUCAUUUUCUAUUUUAUGUUGUGAUGUUCGUCUUCCACGCGUUUGAAUUAUUAUUAUUAUUAUUUUUUUCAUUUUAUAAAAUGAAUAUCUACUUAUUUAAAUAUCUAAUUAUGUACAGUGAUUUGCGUUAAGAUGACAGUGGUUUGAUUCGAUGCCAUGUUUGUAUGUGUAAGUUAUGUUUAAGGGAACUUUUGUCUAUGGCGGGUGCGCAAAUAUUUUUAAUUGUUUUGACAAACUGCGCAAUAUAUGCCAUUGUUUAUCAAUACUUCUGCGCCUUCACUUUCUAUACGUCAUAUAAGUUACGCAACAAAUGUAGUCACGUGUUUCUGUAAAACAAUUGCGGUUUGGUGUAUCGGAAUAAAUAUCACUUAUGAUGUGAGACUUAAGUUUAUAAACGUUGCAAUAUAUGUGUUAGUGUGAGCCCGCCCUUACGAUAAGUUGUAGCAGUCUUACCUUUAUCGACAUUUUACAGAAUCAGCUCAAAUCAUUAAAAACACUAGUUAAAUCAAUAUUUAUACAUUAACAAUCUCACUGUAAAUAUUAGAUUAUAUUUUAAUCUAGCAGUAAGUGUUCCUGGCUCUCAAAGUAAUUAGGUUUUUUAUUUAGAUGCUAAUUUUAGAUGAGAUAUAUUAUUUAUACUCGGUAAAAUUUCGGCCAAUACAAAUGUUUAUAUUAUAUCAAAAUUGUAUUUUUAAAUGAUCUCUUUCGAGUUAGAUAAUUGCUUUAGGAGUCCGGAAGUGAAGAGAAUUUAUUAAAUAUAUAAUGUAAGAGAAUAUUUUCGCACUGUUAAAUCUUAUCUUUAUAGAAAUGUAUGUACUAGUAUGUAACUUCAUUCCGAAUGUUAACGACCGUCAAAUCGAUAAACGACAUAGUUAAACUAUCUUACUGAUUUUUGACAGAAAAAGGUGUGGAGUGGCUGUUGUUGCGUAUACGUCUUAGUAUGGAUGAAAAAUUAAAACCGGUUAAGUGCAAUUCAGCUUAAGUACCGAGGGUUUUUAAAAUUUGCUUUCCAAAAUUUUGCUAGCCUUAAUCUUGUUCAAAUAAAAACGACGCAUAGAAACGAAAUUUAUUGAAAAUGUACUAAACUACAACCUGCGCGUGCUCAUGUUCGUUUUAAUGUUUUGGAAUUGUUGGGUAAAAAAAUAUAAUUAUAGAAUUGCGUUUCAAAUCUAAGAUGAAAAAAGUUUCAAUUUGAUGCAUAGUAUCGACAUAAUAAAAUAUAAUACAAAAUUGCGGCGUGUUAUUCUUUGAAACAUAAGUUUGAUAUUUUUUGCAAAUCCAUUUUUAUACGCUUUUGCAAGUAACAGAUUUCUUGUGCAAAACAGUACACUUGUUAAUAAAAAAAAAACCCCUCAAUCGUGAUAUCGUUUAACAUGAAAUCGAAAAAAGUUAUUGGUCAAUUCGAUAUUUAGUUAAAUUCAGGCCUAAUUGUGUAGUGUUGUGUAAGCGAAUGUAAGGUAGUUUAACUUCCACAGCGACUUCGUACGAAAUAUAUAUAAAUGAGAAAAUUAUAAUAUAGUGAAUUCAUGAUUGUUUACAUAUACAUGUAAAACACUUGUUACCAUAUUUACAGAUUUCCUUGAGCUCUAAAGAUGUUGUGUGACUGUGUGUAGAAGGAAUAUAUAAAUAUGAUUGUUUUUUAUAGAUUUUAUGGCCAGAACCGACUGGUUCUGGCUUCCUUCUUGCUUGCCAUGAGAAAAUGGUUACAACACCCGGUAUAUUAAAUAAAUUAACGUAAUUUUUAAUUUCAUUAAUUCGAUUAACAUAUCGUAUUCAAUUUCCUCACAUUAAUUCCUUCUUAAAGUUUAUAACUGAUAGAUCAAUUCACUUCAUAAUUAGGUAAUAAUCUUAUAUGUAUGUGAAUAUAAGCCUCAUUAAUUUUAUGAAAAGCGUUGUCAUUAUUGUUUGUCAUCAUUUGCAGUUGUAUCAAGGAAAUAAAUUUAUGUCGACGUAAGAUUCAUGAGGUUUAUAAGAACUUUAAAUUAAUAGACUAAUCAGUACCUACUAUAUUUUGAAUAGACAAUUUUGAAUGUUUCGAUAAUUCCAGUCUACAUAAUUCAACCUUUUUUCACUACAAUGUCUUUCUGUUUUUAAACAUAAAUAUGUAUUAUCGUUUAAUAUUAAUGCACUAAAUUCACAAUUUAUUGUUUAACAAUUAUAGGUAUAUACAUAUAAUUUAAAGAUCUUGUCAGGAACUCAAAAUUUAAGAAAUACAAAUAUCGAUUAAACGCAAUAUAGCUGUGAUGAACUUAAUCUAAAAGAGCUUUCGAAAAUAUUCCAGUUAAAGCAAAGGUUGUUAUUCGUUUUGAUAUACCUAUUGGUGAUGACAAGGUCUUUGUUUACACUUUUGAGGGUUUGUAUUAAUGUUUCAAUUUGCUUUAAAAUAAAUGUCCACACAUUUUGUUAGUCCUUCGGUGUGGUGAUGAUUCGUGAAUGGAUGGUUUGUGUUAGUGUAAUAACAAAUAUGAAAAUCAAUGCUGCGUAUUACUAGUGCCUUAUUGACUCUCAGAUCUUAGCAUAGUGUACGAAACCGGACGCGCGACAUUCACCUAGGCUUUGUCAGUCAAUAACCCAGGUAAUAAGCAGUUUAUUUAGACUGAAUAAACUUUGUUGCUUGUAACAAGUUGUAAUGUUAUAUUUUAAGAGAUGUUAGCUAUAAUUUCAAAAACGACAUUUUAAAUGAAGCAUUUCAUAUUCGUUAUUUAUUUCUUCUAAAUAAGGUAUUAGUCUAAUUGUUUAGUCAAAACGGCAUACUUUGUAAAUAACUUGUUUAAAAUGGUUUAUUUAGACUUAAGUGUUCAAUUUAAUGUAAACUAGAUUGAAUUAGACAAAAAUGACCUUUAAAAAUCUGAAAUGGAUGUCACAUUGUAGUGAAGUUUUUUAAAUGAAUCCAAUUUAUGGACCAAUAUAAUAUUCUUUGUAAUGGAAAGGAGGAGAAUGUUACAUGCAGAUAUAUCUAAGACAACAGUUACUGCGGACACAUUGUUCAAGCAUAUUGGAUCAUUGUACGAACUUAUGUUUAAACAUAAAACCUCAAAAACG